GGAGAGUCGUUCAACUAGCCCGUCGGAAGAAGAAGAAGUAACCCUGCCAACUUUUACCUGUUUAGCAGUUUGAUGGCGAAAAACUCUCCGUCCGAUCACCUGCUCUUGUACAGUUGCAUAGUAUUUAUCAUCGUUUCAGGUCGGCCGAUCUCAGCCGGCUUGGACCACCAAGAGUUGAAUACUUGGAUGCCGAUGAAAGCAGCAGCCAGCUGCCGCGGUUCAAUAGCAGAGUGCUUGGGCAGCGGCGAACUCAGCAUGGAUUCGGAGAUCAACCGGCGCAUAUUAGCGACCAGAAAUUACAUAAGCUACGGUGCUCUGCAGAGGAACACCGUUCCAUGCUCUCGCCGGGGUUCUUCCUACUACAACUGCCAGCCUGGUGCUGAAGCAAACCCCUACACCCGCGGUUGCAGCGCCAUUACUCGUUGCCGGAGUUAAAAAGCCUCUUCUUUUUUUCUUCGCUUCUCUAUCUCUCUUCCGUAUUUUAAGUACGGAGCAGCACCAUUAUUCGUUGUAGUAGUUACUA